AAAUGUGUGUGAGGGAGACUGUGAAAUGGCUGCGCAGGUCGCUGCGGUGCGCGCCGUAUCCCGGGCCCCGGAGGAGCCGCCCCCGCUGCCCUCGGGGGAGCGGCCCGGCCGGCCUCGGGGCGGCGGGCGGCGGCGGCGGGCCGCUCCCGGCGAGGCGGCUGGCGGCAAGCGGGCCCGGCUGAGCCAGCCGCUGCUGGCGGGGCCCGGCCCGGCGGAGCCGCUGCCCCCGGCCGCCCUGCCCGGCCUGCCCGCCGCCGCCGCCGGGCUCUUCGCCUUCUCCCCGCUCAGCCUGCCGCCGCCGCCCGCCGCUCUCGAGGAGCGCCGUCACCACCACCACCGGCAUCGCCCCGAGCCCGGCCGCCCCACCGCCGGGCAGCCGCAGAAGGCGAGGCGGGGCAGCCCCGCGGACGGGGCGGCCGGGCGGCCCAGCAAGCGAGAAACUCAAGAUGAAAAUGGCAAAACCCAACGAGCUGACAGUCUUAUUAUGAAGAAGAUAAAGAAAAAAAAGAAAAAGAAACAUCGGGAAGAUGUGAGGGGCAAACGUCUGAAGAUGUACAACAAAGAAGUGCAGACAGUGUGUGCUGGACUCACCCGCAUUGACAAAGAGACUUUGUCUCAAGGACAGUGUGAUAACUUAGAAAUGAACAAGGAAUCCUUCAGGUAUCUUAAGGAUGAGCAGCUCUGCAGACUGAACUUGGGCAUGCAGGAGUAUCGAGUACCCCAGGGAGUACAGACACCGUUUGUGACACACCAGGAGCAUUCUGUUCGCAGCAGCUUCUUGAAAACUGGCACUAAAUUCAGUAACUUCAUUCACGAAGAACAUCAGUCUAAUGGUGGUGCCCUGGUCCUUCAUGCCUACAUGGAUGAACUCUCAUUUUUGUCUCCAGUGGAGAUGGAGAGAUUUGCAGAAGAGUUUCUUGCUUUGUCGUUCAGUGAAAAUGAUAAAAAUGCAGCUUACUAUGCUUUGGCCAUAGUACAUGGAGCAGCUGCUUAUUUACCAGACUUCCUGGAUUACUUUGCUUUUAAUUUCCCUAACACUCCAGUGAAAAUGGAAAUUUUGGGCAAGAAGGACAUUGAAACAACAACAAUUUCAAAUUUUCACUCUCAGGUCAAUCGAACGUACUGCUGUGGAACCUACAGAGCGGGACCGAUGCGGCAGAUCAGCCUUGUUGGAGCAGUCGAUGAAGAAGUUGGGGACUAUUUCCCAGAAUUUCUGGAUAUGUUGGAAGAGUCUCCAUUUCUGAGAAUGACUUUGCCCUGGGGUACUCUUUCAAGCCUCAGACUUCAGUGCAGGUCACAAAGUGAUGAUGGUCCCAUAAUGUGGGUGAGACCAGGAGAGCAGAUGAUCCCAACAGCUGAUAUGCCAAAAUCGCCAUUCAAACGGCGCCGGUCAAUGAAUGAAAUAAAGAAUCUCCAGUACCUACCUCGGACCAGCGAGCCCCGUGAGGUUCUGUUUGAAGACAGAACAAGGGCUCAUGCUGACCAUGUGGGUCAGGGAUUUGACUGGCAGAGCACAGCUGCUGUAGGUGUUCUGAAGGCUGUGCAGUUUGGGGAAUGGAGUGACCAGCCUCGUAUAACCAAAGAUGUGGUUUGUUUCCAUGCUGAAGAUUUCACUGAUGUUGUGCAGAGACUUCAGCUGGACCUGCAUGAACCACCAGUGUCACAGUGUGUUCAAUGGGUGGAUGAAGCCAAACUAAACCAAAUGAGACGGGAAGGCAUUCGCUAUGCUAGAAUUCAGUUGUGUGACAAUGACAUCUACUUCAUCCCUAGAAAUGUCAUUCAUCAGUUCAAAACAGUGUCAGCAGUCUGCAGCUUAGCCUGGCACAUACGACUUAAACAAUAUCACCCUGUGGGGGAGACUUCUCAAAACACAGAGAGCGAUUCAAACUUGAACAGUAGCAUUCCUGGAAAGACAGAGUCCAAAGGUGAACCCCGAUGUGUGAGUGUAAAAACAGAGUGUGAAGAACCAGGGAUAGAAAUGCAGCUUACCACAGGGAUGCUCUCCUCUGUUUCUUCGCUAUCAGGACUUGUACAAGCAGAUCAGGUGGCCCAGCCCCUUCCAGGUUUUAAAAUAGAGUCUGAUCAGCAACACAAUCCACAGGAUCAUGCAGGCUCUUCUGUGUGAUAUGUAUAUAAUCAAACAUUUUUUAACAACUUUUUAAAAUUUUGAUGUGAAGUUAUAGUUUUAUAACUGGCUUAUGUUUUAUUGGAGAAAUCUUGCCUAUAAUUCUAUAAAGAAAGGUGACAUUCCAAAAUGUCAAGCAUAUCUUUUUUACACAGAUUAUGCAAAAUUCAAGUUGUAUUUUAACCCCCUAGUACAACCUGUAACAGUGGUCUACCACUUCUUUCUGUUUAAGUAAUGAGAUAUUGAAUAUCUCCUCAAAACCAGAAUGAAAUUCCUCCAGGAACAUGACGUGAUUUAACUCUACUGCUCGGUGUUAUUUCCCCAUUUUCACUCUCUGCUCUUCACCAGAAAGUGAUGCUUUUGUAGAAGACUCGUAGGAACUUUUCCCAUCACAUUUUAAUUGCUAGGAAAAAAAAAAAAGCACAGCACUUUUGUGGACAAUUUGUGAAAUAUUUGGUGUCUGUUAUUGACGCGGUUCAUAUGCAAGUUGGUUUCUAAACGAGCUAUGGAAAUUGGUCUGUAUUCCUUACAGAUCCUACAAAGGUGAUCUGUAAAAUGAACUGAAGAAAGUGUCUGAUCCUGUUGAAAUGCCAUGGCUUACUGGCCUAACACUUCUCAUAGCGCUGCUUGUACUAUUUGGCGUGAGGGUUUUGCUUCCAAAAGAUGUCUCUGAUGUGAUUAAUACUCGUGUCAGAGGCAGAGAACCUGUUGGUAGACUUGUGGAGGAACUUGCUAUCUUUGAGCACUUUAAGGCUUUCAAAUGCUAACCAACUUGGCAGCUUGUUUUGAUCGGGUCAUAAUAUAUGUCCAAUGGAACCACACUUUCCCUUGUACUGAUGCACUUAAUAUAAUAGCGUUGAGUUGGUGACUGACUUAUACCAUAAGAAUGUCCAUUUUCUAGGAAGUUCUGUAUUACUGUUUCACAAUAAAAAGUAUUAUGGCAUCGGA